AUGGCAGGUAUUGAGCGGGUAGUGGUGCAUUCAAGGAGCUACGUCGUCCGCUGGAUCCAAGUCCCCGACCAGCAGUCCAUAUCGUGGUCCGUCGAGCCCAACAAGAAGAGCAUCAACUUUGGCAUCUUCAAACAUCCCGGCACGAAAAAUGGCCUUGCGCCGGUCAUCCCCACAACGGAAGAGACGACCGGACAACUUCCUCCAACACCAGGCGUUGAUGGCACACCCCAGGUCAGCACGACGAGCGCGAGAAGAGCUUCGGUGACUUCGGUGAAUGUGGUGGAGAAGCUUACAGCCAUUGGGCUGAAGUCAGUAGCAUGGACGGGGAGGUGUGAGGCGGACAAGGUGUCUAUGGGACGCUAUGACGUGCUGGAUGGAGAGGGAGGAAUGUAUGGGCUGGUGUUCGACAACACCUUCUCCAAGCAGACGUCCAAAACGGUCACAUUCGUGCUCAUGACGCACGGCAUCAAUGCGCCGCCGAAGCCGGGUCACCAUCUACAUUAUUCGCAAGCAUUUGCGGCCGGAAGCUCCAGUAGUGUUGGCAAGGGCUACAGUCCUGGACUCCAUCCAAUCACCGACUCGAACGAAUCGCUUCCGCAGACGAACGGACUGCAUCGCGGAUUUCUGGAGGAUCCAAGACCAAACUCGAAGGGAAAGGGUGUGGAGACCAAAGGCUCAGAAGGCACGAGCUUCUAUACUGGAGUCCUGAACAAGAAGCGCAGGAAGAAGGGGCAGGGCUAUGCGAAACGCUUCUUCUCGCUCGACUUCACCUCUUCAACUCUGUCGUACUAUCGGAAUCGACACUCAUCUGGACUACGAGGGGCUGUACCGCUGUCACUGGCUGCCAUUGGCGCAAACGAGAAGACACGGGAGUUCUCCGUUGAUUCUGGAGCCGAGGUGUGGCACUUGAAAGCUCUCAACAAGAAGGACUUUGCGGGCUGGCGAGAGGCGCUGGAACGAGCAUCAGCGUCCGUGAGUGCGAUAUCCGAGUCUGCAACGCCAGCGGCGACGCUCCAAGGGACGACUCGGCCUCCUAUCAUCAACCCUGCGGAAGAGAAGGAGUGGGCGAGAGUAGAGCAGCUGGUGAGCAAAGUGUCUGGUACUAGGGACGCUGUGCGUGCUCUUGCCAAGGACACGGAUCCGAAAUAUGCACUGGGAGCGAAUGGCGUCGGUCUAGGUUUGACAACCACCCAGAGCAGUAGCAAUGCGCCAAGCCCAUCUUCGUACGAAUCGAUCGGUUCAUACUUCCCAGAGACUGGCGAGCAACCACAGGAGAGGCGACCAUUUUGGAAGCGCCGAGCGAGUGCAGACCGUAGUCCGGCAGCACUCGUAAGGCGCAGUGUCUCUGCUCAGCUGGCGGUACCUACACCUGCGGGUGCAAUGAGUCCCAUGUCGCCCAUGCCAGCCGGAACACCAGGGAUCCAGAAGCGUCCUAGUAUGACAAAGCUGGCUCCAAUUGUCGACGAUGACGUGCAUGAGCGAUGCAUGGCGCUCUUGAGAGAUCUGGAUAAUGUUGUCACCGACUUUGCUGCUUUGGUCGCUGAAAGCAGAGCCCGCCGAAUACCACCACUCAAGCGAUCGAGCACCCGCAUGUCUAUUGAGUCGGUCGACCAGGAGUUCUUCGAUGCUGAAGAUGGCGACGGACCGAUGAGCCCUUCUCAGUUACUCAACAUCAGACGCUCGAGCGAGUUUGAAGAAGCGCGCGAUGAACUGCUCUUCGAGCACGGCUCUGACGUCGAGUCGGACACUAGUAGCGACGCUGGCGAUGCGGCCGCCGACUCUGCUGUUAACCGAACGCCAAAAACAGCACACUCACCACUUUUCCCUACUCGCCCACAGAAGAUCCCGCCAUUGCCGCAUCCACCCGUCAAACGCCGCACCGCCAUCUCCCCACCUAAGCAAGCACCUCCCUCCAUCAUCGGCUUCCUCCGCAAAAACGCGGGAAAAGACCUCUCGACCGUCUCCAUGCCCGUCACCGCCAACGAACCUACUUCUCUUCUCCAACGUCUCGCCGAAAGCAUGGAGUACUCACCUCUGCUCGACUCCGCUGCUGCACCGUCCCUUACACCAGCUGAAAGACUCAUGUAUGUUACCGCCUUCGCCAUCUCCUACUUCGCCGCCUCCCGCGUCAAAGAACGUGCCAUCCGCAAACCAUUCAACCCAAUGCUCGGCGAGACCUACGAGCUUGUGCGGGAAGAUCUUGGGUUCCGCUUCGUCAGCGAGAAAGUCUCACACCACCCUGUCCGCAUGGCGUGUCAAGCAGACAGUCUGACGAAUGGAGGAUGGUGUUUCACGCAAGCUCCACAACCCGUGCAGAAGUUCUGGGGUAAAUCUGUCGAACUCAAUACCGAAGGACGAGCGCGAGUAGUGCUGCACGAAAGCGGCGAAAGGUAUAGCUGGAACCAAGCAACCUGCUUCCUGCGCAACGUCAUUGCAGGAGAAAAGUACGUCGAGCCCGUGCAAAGCAUGACCAUCACCAACGAGACCGGCGGCCUCAAAGCCGUCGUCACCUUCAAAGCCGGCGGCAUGUUCUCCGGUCGCAGCGAAGAAGUCUCUGUCCAGCUGUUCGAUUCUGCCGCAGGCGACGCUCCCUUACCCCUCGGCCUCACAGGGAAAUGGACCGAAGGUCUCAAACGAACCGACACCGGCGUACAGAUCUGGACCGUCGGCCCCCUCGUCCCUGAUUCCGCAAAAAUGUACGGCUUCACGUCCUUCGCCGCCAGCCUCAACGAAACCACGCCCCUCGAAGCCUCCCACCUCCCAGCUACGGAUUCGCGACUACGUCCGGACCAGCAGGCACUCGAACGCAACGCCGUGGACGAAGCCGAGGGUCUGAAAGCGCGGUUGGAAGAGCGCCAGCGCGCGCGGAGGAAGGUGUUGGAAGCGCAUGGGAGGGUGUGGGAGCCGAGGUUUUUUGAGCUGGUGGAGGGGGUCGGGGAGGAUGUGUGGCGGUUGAAAGGGGAGGAGGUGGAGGGGUAUUGGGGGCGGAGGGAACGGGGGGAUUGGAGGGGGGUUGGGGAGGUUUUUGAGGUUUAG